CUCCUCCCUUCUCCCUACAACUCCGGGGCUCCUGGAAGUUAGUGAGCACAGUGCUGUACAGCUCCCUCCCGCCCUCCUCCUCCUAGCGCGCUCUCCCAUGGCAGAAACAGAGCUCGCCCAAAAGCUCCAGCGCCGCUUGGUGUUAGAGGAUGUUGAGCCCCCGGAGGACCGAGCGGAGCCCCCGGCAGAGCCCAACGGAGCAGAGACCGAGGAGAAGGCGGCCACGGCCAGUGCAGACUCCGAGCUCAGUGCCAAGCUGAACAGGAGGCAGGACAUCAACGCAGGCAAUGCUGUGCCCCCUCACCGGUCCACCGUCUUCAACCCCUACACCGAGUUCAAGGAGUUCUCCCGAAAACAGAUCAAGGACAUGGAGGCCAUGUUUCGCAUGUAUGACACUGGGCGGGAUGGUUUCAUUGAUCUGAUGGAGAUGAAGUUGAUGAUGGAGAAACUAGGAGCUCCACAGACACAUCUUGGGUUAAAGAAUAUGAUCAAAGAAGUAGACGAAGACUUUGAUGGAAAGUUGAACUUUCGAGAGUUUUUAUUGAUCUUUCGGAAGGCAGCAGCUGGGGAGCUGGAACAGGACAGUGGUCUGAUGGCUUUGGCUAAACUUUCUGAAAUCGAUGUUUCCACGGAAGGCGUUAAAGGAGCCAAGGACUUCUUUGAAGCUAAGGUCCAGGCUCUGUCUUCAGCCAGCAAGUUUGAGGCCGAGAUCCGAGCUGAGCAAGACGAGAGGAAGCGUCAGGAGGAAGAGAAGAAAAACCGCAGAGCUGCCUUUAAAGAGCUGAAGUCUGCAUUUAAUUAGUAGCUGACCACUUCAUGAUACAGAAAGGCUUGCACCCAAACUACCUGCCCUAGUCCUCUUAUCCAGGAUACACGGAGAGGCCCUGUAACAUAGCUGGUCAACUGUGGACAAAGUUGUUGUUGGAAUACAACUCUCAGGAACUGAGAGCAUGGCUGACUGUACUGAGAGUUGUAGUGCAGCAACAGCAGAAGGGCACUAGCUGGCCAGUAUGUCCUAUAAACUUAAUGCAUAUCCCUGACAAGGCAGCAGACUAAACGCCUACAGUUUAAUAAUAAAUAGUGGACAGAUAUUGGGUCUUGCCGCAUUGAAUUACAUGAAGAUCUAACUGCCUUCUGACCAGCAGUCCUAUUUUCUUGUCUAAAGUGUCUGGCCAUUCCAUGUCCCCUCUUUUUAAUGUUUUCUGGAAGCAUAGCAUUGAUUUUUGUUGUGUGGGCUUUACUCCCCUUAUUUUAGCCAUUAUGGAGAGCAAAACAAAAGUACAGCAAUGAGAAGCAUAUAGGCGAUCGAAUGUUUCAAGUAUUUGCAUUCCGAUAUCAACAAUGUCUGUUAGUUUGCUUCCAUGAAAGAAGUGGUUUUUGAUGCCUUACAUUUUUUUUUUUUGUGCGACUCCCAUGCCUGCUGAAAAUGUGUUUCAAUGUAGAAUUAAUUUUGGUUACAACAUUUGCAAAAGCUUUAGCUUUGCACAGAUUACAUGGGCAUCUUUAGGAACUGCACCUCUUAAACAUUCCUUCUGCAGAGCCCUGACCACUGCCCUUUCUUGGUUCAAUAGAUUUUUAUUUUAUAUUUUUCUCCAUGCAGUCGGUAAGCAGAGAGAGCUAGGGCAGAGUAUGUAUUGAAAACCUUCCCUUUGUUUGAAUAUCAUAAAAGACAGUGUUUGGCUAUAUUUUUUUUAAAAUACGGUUUCUGGAUUAUCUGUUGUCGUAGGGCACCUGCAGCCUAUAUGUGUUUUUGAAAGUAUUCUAUGCCAUCCGACUGCGGUUGCCCCUUCAAUACAUAAAGACAUAUUAAUGCGACCAUCUGUGUUCGAUAAGGUUGAAAGCUGCCGUAUUGACGCUUGGACAUAGUCCCUAUAUUUUUAAUUAUGAAAGAGUAUGAGUGGAAAAAAAACCCUGUAUAUAACUUGAUACAGAAUAUAUUUAUAUGAUUGAUUAGUAUUCUGUGACCGGAGAGUAUACACUGUGUCUGAAAGACAUGCAACUCUGUGCAAAAUGAGUAUCCCCAAGCAAUGCUGAUUGAUUCCAGUCCGUGUUGAUGAACCAGUGCUAUUCUGUACAGCUAUUUUAUACUCCAGUAGCCCUGCUUGUUUAACAUGGGGCUAGAUUGUCUUUAAUCAUACACUGAGCUGGCAAUAUUGUGGAGGGGGGGAGUGAAUGGUAGUGUUUUGUUGAUGGAUGUACAAGUCCCCCCUCCCUCAAUCAAUGAAGGGAUUGCUGAUCUUGGUACUUUUAGAUGUUAAUAAUUAUUUCUCCUUUCCAGGGGGUAAUGUCCCUAAUUUCUGUGCUAGAAUGUUCCGCACUUCCUUGCACACUGGGGAAAUCAUCCAAUCUUCUACAUUUCUGUUGGCUGCUGUCUUUAUACAUGUUUUUUAAAAUAUAUUAUUAAAGUAAUAAACAUUUUACUAAUAUUUCUGUAUAA